CAGAAUCCCGCCAUGCAACACUAACAACGGCGGCUCAUCCCCACAUUUGACCCUGUGUGUGCCAUGAUUAUGAACUAGACAUCCGGGCGGUGUGUAUGGAAGAUGGCGACACUUAUUAUCUCUGGUGAAUGGAUCAAAAACUGGGAGAAGUCUGGAAAACACGAGUUCAUACAACUCUGCAAAGACCUUACAGAGAAAAGUGAUCAUGGAAGUGAAAUUAGAGACUUACAGGCUGCCCUGUAUGAGCUCUGCUGGAAUGUCAUACAGGGAAACUUAAAAUUGGAUCUUGUCACCAGCGUCCUCGGGGACAUGAUGGACCUCAGAGAAGACAUGCCAUCCAUUUUAGCAGAUGUAUUCAGUAUAUUAGAUUUAGAGACGGGUGCUCUAGAAGAAAAAAACAGGCGAGACCAUUACACUCAGUUGGUGGGAUCAUGUUUGAGUCUGAUACCUGAGGCCAUCUUGAAGGAGAGGCUGGAUCCCGAGACACUGGAAUCUCUGGGAUUGAUUAAACAAGCUCACCAGUUUAACCAGAAGAUUGUAAAAAUCAAGACUAAACUUUUUUACAAGCAACAGAAGUUCAACUUGCUACGAGAGGAGAACGAAGGUUACGCUAAAUUAAUAACCGAGCUUGGCCAAGACCUGUCAGGCAACAUCACCAGCCACCUCGUCUUGGAGAACAUAAAGUCUCUCAUAGGCUGCUUCAACCUGGACCCUAACCGGGUUUUGGACAUCAUCCUUGAGAUUUAUGAAAGUCGCUCCGAUCAAGACGAGUUUUUCUUGUCGCUCAUUAAGUCCUACAUGUGUGAGCCACUCACUCUCUGCCACAUUUUGGGCUUCAAGUUUAAAUUCUACCAGGAGCCCAAUGAGGAAACCCCCAAGUCACUUUACCACAUUGCUGCUGCACUGCUCCACCACAAUUUAAUAGAGCUGGAAGACCUUUAUGUACAUCUGAUGCCACUAGAUGUCACUAUUAUUGAAGAACACAAACGGGAAAUCUCAGAGGCCAAGCAGAUCGCACGCAAACUGGUGAUGGUGGUGCUUCCCUCGGACAAAAGUGAAGACAGAGAGAAGGAGAAGGAGAAAGAGGAGGAGAAGUUUGAAAAGCCACCUGAUAAUCAAAAGCUUGGUCUCUUGGAAGCACUACUUAAAAUUGGAGACUGGCAACACGCCCAGAGUAUUAUGGACCAGAUGCCCUCCUUUUAUUCUGCUUCUCACAAAACCAUCGCUUUGGCACUCUGCCAACUGGUCCACCUAACUGUGGAGCCUCUUUACCGAAGGGUUGGCGUUCCCAAAGGGGCGCGGGGGAGUGCCAUGCUUGCACUGAGGAACGGCCGGGCUCCACGGCCUGCAGAGACUUUUGAAGAUCUGCGCAAGGACACGUUCAGCAUGCUGUCCUACUUGGGCCCCCAUCUCUCCCAUGACCCCAUCCUGUUUGCUAAGAUUGUGCGACUGGGAAAGGCUUUCAUGAAGGAGUACCAAAGUGACAGCAGACCUGAGGUCAAAGACAAGAUGGAAAUACUGUUGAGUUGUUUCCUGAGCAUUGCAGACCAGGUGCUGCUACCCUCCCUCUCUUUGAUGGAGUGUAAUGCUUGUAUGUCAGAGGAACUCUGGGGUCUCUUCAAACUCUUUCCCUAUCAUCACAGGUACCGGUUGUACGGGCAGUGGAAGAAUGAGACGUAUUCAAGCCAUCCGCUGCUGGUAAAGGUCAAAGCUCAGACUGUGGAAAGAGCAAAGUAUAUCAUGAAGCGUUUGACCAAAGAGAAUGUGAAACAGUCUGGAAGGCAGAUUGGCAAACUGAGCCACAGCAAUCCCACCAUCCUCUUUGAUUAUAUGUUGUCUCAAAUCCAGUGGUACGACAACCUCAUUGUUCCUGUGGUGGAUUCCUUGAAAUUUCUCACGUCCCUCAACUAUGAUGUCCUGGCCUAUUGCAUCAUUGAGGCUUUGGCCAAUCCAGAGAAGGAGAAGAUGAAGCAUGACGACACUACCAUCUCCUCGUGGCUCCAGAGUCUGGCGAGUCUGUGUGGAGCCGUGUUCAGAAAAUACCCCAUUGAGUUGGCGGGCCUCCUGCAGUAUGUCACCAACCAGCUGAAAGCAGGGAAAAGCUUUGACCUCCUGAUUCUGAAGGAAGUUGUGCAGAAGAUGGCUGGUAUUGAGAUCACAGAUGAGAUGACCUCAGAGCAGUUAGAGGCCAUGACGGGAGGAGAGCAACUCAAAGCAGAGGGGGGCUACUUUGGUCAGAUCAGAAACACCAAAAAGUCUUCACAGCGUCUGAAGGACGCACUGCUGGACCAUGAACUGGCUCUUCCACUUUGUUUGCUCAUGGCUCAGCAACGAAAUGGUGUUGUGUUCUUAGAGGGGGGAGAGAAACACCUUAAACUUGUAGGACAUCUCUAUGACCAGUGCCACGACACACUGGUGCAGUUUGGGGGAUUUCUGGCGUCGAACCUCAGCACAGAGGAUUACAUCAAACGAGUUCCCUCCAUUGAUGUUCUCUGUAACCAGUUUCACACUCCUCAUGACGCCGCCUUCUUUCUGUCUCGGCCAAUGUACGCCCAUCAGAUUUUGUCCAAGUAUGACGAGUUAAAGAAAGCAGAAAAAGGCAACCGGCAGCAGCAGAAGGUGCACAAAUACAUGUCAGCUUGUGAGCAGGUCAUGACGCCGGUGCAUGAGGCGGUGGUUUCUCUCCACCCGGCCCGGGUCUGGGAUGAUCUCCGCCCUCAGUUCUACGCCACAUUUUGGUCUCUCACCAUGUACGACUUGGCCGUGCCGCAUUCUGCCUACGACCGCGAGGUCAACAAGCUCAAAGCUCAGAUUAAAGCCAUCGAGGAUAACCCUGAGAUUCCCCUAAAUAAGAAAAAGAAGGAGAAGGAGCGCUGCACUGCUCUGCAGGAAAAGCUACAGGAAGAAGAGAAGAAGCAGAUGGAUCACGUCCAAAGAGUUCUGCACCGCCUCAAACUGGAGAAGGACAACUGGUUGUUGGCAAAAUCCACAAAGAACGAGACCAUCACAAAGUUCCUGCAGCUUUGCCUGUUUCCUCGCUGCAUCUUCUCUUCCAUCGAUGCCGUGUACUGCGCCCGUUUUGUGGAGCUGGUCCACCAGCAGAAGACGCCCAACUUUUGUACCCUUCUCUGUUACGACAGGGUUUUCUCAGCCAUCAUUUACACUGUGGCCAGCUGUACAGAGAACGAGUCGCACCGUUACGGACGCUUCCUCUGCUGCAUGUUGGAGACCGUGACACGGUGGCACAGCAAUCGCACCACAUAUGAGAAGGAGUGCGUCAACUACCCUGGCUUCCUGACCAUCUUCAGAGCCACAGGCUUUGACGGAGGAAAUAAAGCCGACCAGCUAGAUUACGAGAACUUCAGGCAUGUGGUGCACAAGUGGCACUACAUGCUGACUAAGGCUUCCGUUCACUGCCUGGAGACCGGAGAUUACACCCACAUCCGGAACAUUCUGAUAGUUCUCACCAAGAUCCUGCCCUGCUACCCAAAGGUUCUGAACCUCGGCCAAGCACUGGAGUGCCGUGUCCACAAGAUCUGCCUCGAGGAGAAGGAUAAGAGACCAGACCUCUAUGCCUUAGCAAUGGGUUAUUCAGGUCGGUUGAAAAGCCAGAAGGUACACAUGGUUCCUGAAAAUGAGUUUCACCACAAGGAUCAGCAAGCCCGCAGUGCCACGCCUGCAAGCCAGCAGAAUGGUCCUGGCAGCGCCGGGAAACCUGCCGCCAGUUCGGUCAAGACCGAGGAGGGGCAGCUGGAUGACGGCGAUCGGGGAAAAGAUAAAUCUCAGGGGACUGUAAAGCCAGUGAACAAAGCCAACAGUGCAGCAGCUAAAGUGGCCACCAGCAACGGGAACGGUGCUGUCAUCAGCACCAAAGCCGUCAAAGAGCGGGACGAGAAAGAGAAGAGUGGGAAGGAGAAGAAAGAAAAGAAGGAAAAGGCAUUAGGUAGCACUCCAGAAACCAAGGCAGAGAACCGCAGAGAGAAGCAGAGAGACGAAAGGUUAGGGAAGGAGGAGCGAGUGGCUCGCGAGGGUAAGGAGAAGACCCCCAAGACAGACCGGGAGAAAGUGAAGCCAGAAGAGAAGAUCAACAAAGAAGACAAGGUCAAAGCUGGAAACGGGGAUGCCACGGAGCUGUCCAGGGAGCGAGACGUCAUCAAGGAGUCCAAGAGCAAGGAGAAAGGAGACAGGAGCGCUGCAGCUGCAACCCUCAAGUCACCAACUCCCAGAUCUGACUCUGUUGAAUCUGAGCGGGAUCAUAAAAGGCGAAAGAUCGACAGCCACUCUUCCCCAUCCCACUCUUCAUCUGUUAAGGACAAUAGCAACGAACCCAAGGAGUCCGCACCCAAGCACCACCCCAACUUUAAUUCAGUUGCCCGGUCCAAGAGCAGAGAGAGGGAAAUGGAGAAGAAAGAUACAGAGAACGCUCAGGGCCGAUCCAAAGAGAAGAAAGAAGAAAAAGAGCGGAAGGACAGGAAAAGAGACCACAUCAUCAACGAUCAUGAGAUGAUUCUGGAAUCCAAACGCAGGAAGGAUGAGAAUGAUUUCUCCAAAAACGGCAAGAGCACUAGUCCUACCUGCGACUCGCCGCUGUCAGCCGAAAAAGAGAAGAGCAAACGAUCCAAAUCAUCCAGCAAAGAAAAAGCAGAGUCCAUGAAACCCGAGCGAACGUCCUCUGGAGGCAAAAAGGAGUCCAGACACGACAAAGACAAGUCUGAAAAGAAAGAGAAGAGGGACAGCAGUGGAGGAAAGGAAGAGAAAAAGCAUCAUAAAUCCUGUGACAAGCACAGAUAAUGUGCACUAGUCAGUUGAGGUAAGAACCAUCGAGCUUCUCUCUGGGCUCUAAAAUCGGCCCCACGAGUCGUACUUGAUCUAUUUUUCUGUCCUCUGGGAUCCACGUGUGCUUCAGCAGAACUGGAGAAGCUGCGCUUUUAUCCACAAAGACAUCUGCGACUCCCUUCUUUUGCUUUUAUUGUUUUGGCUGUUUUUGUAAGCUCCUCGCUGUAGCCCCUUUAUUUUGACCAUUUCAAACAGGAAGCCAACUGCAAUACUGAUCUAUAUUCUGUUCCUAUUCCAAACGGGCGCAUUGUGCUGCUGUGAUCACAGUAUUUUGCUUCUCUCUGUCAUUGUGGUUACUGGAUGAAAUGGUUUUUGUAGGACCUGGUCAUGGAAUCAAAAAUAUUGUUUUUGUACCAUUUAUUUUUUGUUGCUUGUUUUAUUGGAUUUAACAUGCUUUCCAUACUCACUUACCUCAUGUCCUUCUGAGACACGUUUUAUUUAUUUAGCUCCCUUUUAAUCACACGGGAAGUGUAAGUGAGAGAAACAAAACAAAGGACCAGUUUGUAUAUUAUGUACAAUAAUAAAGAGUAACAUGAAAUGAACGUCAUGUUAUUUCUUUUUUCAUUUUUUUCUUUCAAUGUCUCAUACUGUCCUGUGAUAUUUUCCUUUUCUGUUAAUCAGGUUUUUACAUAAUUUAUCUGUCAGUUCAACCUUGAUUCAAAUGUAGAAUUGUAAAGUAAUACUGCUCAAAAGAUUCUGAUGCUCUGUAUUCCAAAUACACCUGUUUCAAAAAUAAGACUUUGGAGAUUUUAUCUGCUGUACUCGAGUGUAUGCUUUUCUUUUAAAAAAAAACAAAAAAAAAGUCAACUUAAUAAAUGAUAGUUUUCAUAGUGUGGAACUUUGA